CAAAAACCAGUCCGGGGCUAUUUGCGUCCUGCCGUAUAUUCUAAUAAAAAAAUUAAACACGGCCCACAUCAAAAGGUGACUAGAAAAAGUUAAAAUGUUCAAAAAAAUAAUAGUAUUUGAAAAUAUCACAGGGUGGAACGGUGUACCUCACAGUUCAGAGGUCAUGGGUUCAUAUCUGGACUCCGGCCUUCCUUGUGUGGCGUUUGCAUGUUCUCCCUGCGCUUUCUUGGGUUUUCUCUUGGUACUCUGGUUUCCUCCCACAUUCCAAAAACGUGUAUGUUAGGUUAAAACUAAAUUGUCCAUAGGUGUGAAUGGGAGAAUGAAUGCUUGUUCGUCUAUAAUGUAUGUGCCCUGUGAUUGGCUGGCAUCCUGUCCAGGGUGUACCCCCCCUCUUGCCUGAAGCCAGCUGGGAUAUAGGCUCCAGCACCCCAAUGAGGAUAAGUGGUAUAGAAAUGGAUGUUACAAGAUAUUACACUUCUUUAACAGUGUAAUGUUGGGAUUAUUAUUAUUAAGUCAAACAAUCUUUUUGACAUGUAUCUUCAUAAUUUAACUUCCGAUGUCAAUUAUGUUACACCAAAAUCAUAUUGUUGUAUGGUGAAUGAUGGUAAAUAAGACUGAAGUGACUGUUGUGCAUCUACAACCCCAAUUCCAAUGAAGUUGGAACAUUGUGAUAAACGUAAAUAAAAACACAAUACUGAUUUGCAAAUUAUGUUAGACCUAUAUUUAAUUGAAUACACUACAAAGACGCGGCACGGUGGCCGACUGGUUAGAGCGUCAGCCUCACAGUUCUGAGGUGCGGGGUUCAAUCCCCGUCCCCGCCUGUGUGGAGUUUGCAUGUUCUCCCCGUGCCUGCGUGGGUUUUCUCCGGGCACUCCGGUUUCCUCCCACAUCCCAAAAACAUGCAUUAAUUGGAGACUCUAAAUUGCCCGUAGGCAUGACUGUGAGUGCGAAUGGUUGUUUGUUUCUAUGUGCCCUGCGAUUGGCUGGCAACCAGUUCAGGGUGUACCCCGCCUCCUGCCCGAUGACAGCUGGGAUAGGCUCCAGCACGCCCGCGACCCUAGUGAGGAGAAGCGGCUCAGAUAAUGGAUGGAUGGAUGGACACUACAAAGACAAGAUAUUUAAUGUUCAAACUGGUACACUUUAUUGUUUAUAGCAAAUAAUCAUUAACUUAAGAUUUUAUGGCUACAACACGUUCCAAAACAGCUGGGACAGGGCCAUGUUUACCACUGAGACAGGUCUGGACUUUUACUACGAAGCCACGCUGUUGUAACACGUGCAGAAUGUGCGUUGGCAUUGUCUUGCUGAAAUAAGCAGGGGCGUCCAUGAAAAAGACGUUGCUUGUUUCUCCAUAUGUUUCUCCAAAACCUGUAUGUACCUUUCGGCAUUAAUGGUGCCUUCACAGAUCUGUAAGUUACCCAUGCCAUUGGCACUAACACAGCCCCAUACCAUCACAGAUGCUGGCAUUUGAACUUUGCGUCCAUAACAGUCCGGAUGGUUCUUUUCCUCUUUGGCCCGCAGGACACGACGUCCACAAUUUCCAAAAACAAUUUGAAAUGUGGACUCGUCGGACCGCAGAACACUUUUCCACUUUUCAUCACUCCAUCUUAGAUGAGCUCGAGCCCAGAGAAGCCGGCGGGGUUUCUGGGUGUUGUUGAUAAAUGGCUUUUGCUUUGCAUAGUAGAGUUUCAAGUUGCACUUACGGAUGUAGCGCCGAACUGUAUUUAGUGACAUUGGUUUUCUGAAGUGUUCCUGAGCCCCUGUGGUGAUAUCCUUUACGCAUUGAUGUCGGUUUUUGAUGCAGUGGCACCUGAGGGAUCGAAGGUCACGGGCAUUCAAUGUUGGUUUUGGCCUUGCCGCUUACAUGCAGUGAUUUCUCCAGAUUCUCUGAACCUUUUGACGAUAUUAUGGACCGUAGAUGAUGAAAUCCCUAAAUUCCUUGCAAUUGUACAAGGAACAUUGUCCUUAAACUGUUCGACUAUUUCAGUCUUUUUUGCCACCUGUCCCAGCUUUUUUGGAACGGGUUGCAGCCAUAAAAUUCUAAGUUAAUGAUUAUUUGCUAAAAACAAUCAAGUUUAUCAGUUUGAACAUUAAAUAUCUUGUCUUUGUAGUGUAUUCAAUUAAAUAUAGGUUGAACAUGAUUUGCAAAUCAUUGUAUUCUGUUUUUAUUUAUGUUUAACACAACAUCCCAACUUCAUUGGAAUUGGGGUUGUAUUAGGGGACUUGCAAAACAGCAUGAUUGGACUCUCAGUGACUGGAGAUUGAAGUGGGUGGCGUUUUAAUACCUGAGUUUCCUGUGUGGGGGGAGGGUGCUCUCUAUAAGAGGUGGUCUACCCUUCACUCUGUCAAACUAUGCAUCAACUGUCAAAGGAUCAGUGGGUGAAUGCGUGUUUGUGUGGUGAUAAUGGCUUUGUUCAUGGAUGCAGAUUUCUCAUUAGUCAAGCAGAACCAGCAGGCAGAUGUGGUGGAUUUGAAAGGGAUAUUUGGGGAACAAGAACACUGUAAAGACGUGCACAAUGAGAGUGGCCUGUCCUCCUCAGAGCCGGACCGGGCAGCCUGUCUCACUGAGGGUCCAAGAAAAAGGAAGCGGACCAUCUUUAGCCGAGCUCAGCUGUCCGAGCUGGAGCAAGCCUUUGCUGUGACGCCCUACCCAGACAUCACCCUCAGAGAGAGGCUAGCCGUGCACACACACCUGCCCGAGAGCAAGAUACAGUUUGUACAGGUGUGGUUUCAAAACCGAAGAGCCAGAAGUAUCAAGACUGGGAGAAUGCCCAAGUCCAUGAAACAUGUUCUUGGAGAUAGGGGACUUUCAGAACCUAUGUCUGGGCUGGUGACCUCAGCUUUUCCUGCCCAAACCACCUUGGCAGACAUAUUCAGACCGGAGCAAAACCAGCCCUGUGACGACAUCCCACCGUUGUACUCUGAGUGGAUCCAGCUCUACAGCAACCAAACUACACCAUCCACUUCCACAUCGAUCCACCAGCAGCCCACCAUUGGCUCCCCGAAGUGUUCAGAGUCUCGACUGUGGGAAGAGGAGCGGCAUCAGCGGCAGCAAAUGGGAUCAACCGUCCCGUCUCUCCUUCCUGGUUCUUUUUCAAAUCCCAUCACCAGACAACCUCACCGUGCUGCGUCUAAUCACUCCUACCAGUCCCUCAGGAACUUCAAAUCCCAGAGCCUGGCUCAGGCUGGGGCUCAUCAGGCUAUCUACGGGGGCGGCGCCGGAGGCCACAUUUCUGUCGACCAAGUCGUUCCUUCUCACUCUCAGUCGACAUACUGGGAAGUAACUCAGGGCCAAGGACCUCACCACCACCACCACCAUCAUCAUCACACACAAAUGGCACCACCGACCUCGAUGGGCUACAUCUCAGACCUGAUCUACAAUGCUGCUAUUGUGACCAACUUCCUGGAGUUCUGAUGAAGUGUACAGUAGAAGUGUACAAAAUGUAUUUCCCUUUUAUACCCUGUGUCCAAAUACACAAACUCCUGCUUGUUUUGUCAAAUUGAAAUAACAAUAUCUCAAAUACUGUAGUGAGAAUGUUCUUCCUCUUCCCUUGUGUUAAUGUUGCAAUCAUCUUUUAUAUGUUGUUUGCUUUUAUUUCCCCUAAAAUGUAAUACAAAAUGCCAUGCAAUUAACUAAAACUGUAAUAUAUAUAUAUAUAUAUAUACAUGAAAAUGGGCAAUUAAUGACUUCCAAGUUGUUUAAAAAAUAUUUUCACAGGAAAUAAAGUGAAUUAAAACCCUUAUGGCAUUUUGAGUAAUAUCUAACAUUGUCAACUAUAAUACUCAUAUAGAGAGAACUUAAUCACAGUGUAAUAAAACUAAAUACAACUAAAAUAAAGUAAAAAUACUCAUUCUUUGAAGACGCCCAAUAAAUAGUUGCGAGGAUAGGUGUUUAUUGAGUGAUACUGUCAUUAACAUUGUUUACUGGUACUGCUGGAUUUCACUUGGUGUGUAUUGUAUAAGAAGUGUAUUUAAGCAUCUGCUUGGUAAAAUGAAUGUGUGUGUCUAUUUGAUAUUAA